UGUAAAUACGAAAUGGACGUUGAGAGUGCGGAAGAGCUCUUAGACUAUGUCUUUACCGAGAAGGAUUUUUCGCUGAAGCCCGACCACGCUGAGUACCAAAAGCUGACUCGAAUCAUGGUGAUUAUGACUCAGUUCUACAGGAGGGGCAGCGAGGGCAAGAAGGCGGCUCUGGACAAGGAGGUGAGUCGUUUGAACACACUAGAUCAGGACGCGAGAAUGAUUGAGGAGCUGUUGGAGUCGAUACGCGGGUAUUCUCUAGACUAUCCGAAGCGACUCGAGUAUGAGAAAAGUUUGAAGCAAAGUUUGGAGGAAGUGGAGAAGCUUCGCCGAGAAGUGAGGGCGGAGGAGAAGAAGUGGCGAGAGCUGUACGAGUGGAGCUGCAAGAUAGUCGAGACGAUGGACUGGAUCGGCGGGUGGUUGAAGGAGUAUUCGAACACGGAAUUCAAGACUGAUUUCGAGAGCGUUCCCGAGCAGCAGCCGCUGUCCGUGGACUUGUACAGGAUAUACAAGCGGGGGUUGGAGGAGAUUACCUACAACCUUCAGGAGUCGCAGGACUUUUUCGACGCCAGUUUGGAUGGGCGGCUGACGAAGUACCACCAGGUGAACAGGGACAUGAUUCGGGCGCAGCUGGCGGUGUUGGAGCGGUACGACGGCGAGUCCGCGUACAGGCGAGCGCUUGAAGAGAGCCUGUUGAAGGACUUGGAGUACAUCGAGAGCCACAUGGAGAUGGGUCCCAGAGUGGUGCGAGUUCGCGAGAAGAUGAGGGAGAUGCACCAGGACUUCUUCGCGUUGUUGAAGUGGCAGAGGGAGAGGAUGUUGCGGCUGCCGUUCGAGGCGAGGCACAAGCUGGUGGGAGACGUGGAGGGGCUCCAGAGGGAGUUGAGGUGUAGGUCCGGGGAGACGUUGGCGGAGGUGAUGGACUACAGGCUCGUGCCGGACGACGAGCAUUCGAGAGGCAGGUCGGAGGGGGGCGAGGUGGGGCGAGGGGAGUUGGAGUGUCCGGGGAGCAAGGGGGAGGAGGCUGGGUGUCCGAUGGAGGCGGCCGUGGAGAAGUUGAAGAUUCACAGGUUGUGCGAGUGA